UUAGGAGGAGUAAGUGAAUUUGAUUGUCGUCAGAACUAGAUUGCCAUAUGAGUUCUGAAAAGCGUUUGGCUCCUGAGGAUAACUGCUCUAAAAAUAGAUUUGGAGGAGAGGUUUCUCUUGGGUCCAGUUUCGUGUUCCAGCUGAGCUGGCUUUAGGAAACUUGUUUGCUCCUGUUGUAAGACUACAGUGAGGAUAAAUUGUUUCUUAUUCUGCCUUCAACGUUAAUUUUGGAGAUAUCGACACACUUGCUCUGUCUGUGGAAAUCGAGCACUAAUGUUAUGGCUGACGACACAGAGACUAAACAUGGAGGAAGCAAGAAUGGAAAGAAAGAAGGCCUCUCUGGAAGCUCAUUUUUCACCUGGUUUAUGGUAAUUGCUUUGCUGGGAGUUUGGACAUCAGUAGCAGUUGUCUGGUUUGAACUUGUAGAUUAUGAAGAAGUUCUAGGCAAGCUUGGGAUAUAUGAUGCUGAUGGAGAUGGAGAUUUUGAUGUGGAAGAUGCUAAAGUAUUGCUAGGCCUUAAAGAAAGAUCUGUCCCAGCACAGCCAUCAUCACCAGAAUCUGAGGAGACCAUCCAGCCUGCUGAGAAGUCAUAUGUCGAAUCAGAGCACAAGAAUGCUGACAUAGAAUUGGAAGAGGAAAUUCAGUCUGUUCUUCAUGAAGCUCUCCAUUCCCAGCCUGGAGAGAGACAUGAAGACGUAGAUGAAAGUAUAAAUGAGCAGUGGCAAGUGAAGGAAGAAAUACAUGGAGAAACUUUUGAAGCACCUACAACAGAUGACUUGCUCAGAGAAUUAGAGAAUGAAAUGCCAGAAGCAUAUGAGACACCAGACUCAGUUCAGAAAGAUGCUGAUCUUUUGGCAGAUGAUCUUGGAGCAACGGAGCCUGAACCAUAUGAAGCUCCAGUUUCAUAUGAAUAUGAUACGGAUGUGGAAAAGACAGUAAGUGAUCCAGAAGCUCCAGGUGACUCUGAUCUAAUGCUAGAAGAUGCUAUUGAACAUUACACAGAGGAUAGAGUGCAUGGGGAUUAUAAUGAAGACCAUGAACCAAAACAUGAAAAGCAGACUGAGACUCAAGAUACAGCUGUUGAGGACCUUCUGGAGGAUGUGAAUGAAGCCAUAGAGCCAGAUGAAAUUAUUGAAGAUUUUGAUAUUGAUAAAGAGCUGUCAGUAGAAAGUAAGCAUACAGAAGAUGAUGUGGCCACUGAACCAGAGCAAUCAGAAAUCCCUGUUCAAGCUGAGGAUUAUUCAAAUGAUGAUCUAGUGGGGAAAAGUGAAAAAGAAACUGAACAAGACAAAACAGAAAAAGCUAAAAAGAAGAAGAAGCCAAAGCUCUUAAACAAGUUUGAUAAGACCAUUAAAGCUGAACUAGAUGCUGCAGAAAAAUUACGUAAAAAAGGAAAAAUUGAAGAAGCUCUAAGGGCCUUUGAAGCAUUAGUGAGUCAAUAUCCACAGAGUCCUCGAGCAAGAUAUGGGAAAGCACAGUCUGAAGAUGACUUAGCUGAGAAAAUGAGAAGUAACGAGAUGCUGCAGAAAGCCAUCAACACCUAUGAUGAGGUGGUUAGUCUGCCAAAUGUCCCUUCGGAUCUGGUAAAACUGAGCUUGAAACGAGAAGCAGACAGGCAGCAGUUUCUUGGUCGCAUGAGAGGUUCCCUGAUUACUCUACAGAAAUUAGUUCAGCUGUUUCCCAGUGAUACUUCAUUCAAGAAUGACCUUGGUGUUGGUUACCUCUUGAUAGGAGAUAACAGUAAUGCCAAGAAAGUAUAUGAAGAGGUUCUAAGCCUGGCUCCAAAUGAUGGCUUUGCCAAAGUACAUUAUGGCUUCAUCCUGAAGGCAGAAAACAAGAUAGCAGAGAGCAUACCCUAUCUAAAGGAAGGACUAGAGUCUGGUGACCCCGGCACAAAUGAUGGACGCUUUUAUUUUCAUCUGGGUGAUGCCUUGCAGAGAAUGGGCGACAAAGAGGCAUACAAGUGGUAUGAGCUUGGAUACCAAAGAGGUCACUUUGCAUCAGUUUGGCAGCGGUCCCUCUACAAUGUCAAGGGACUGAAAGCUCAGCCUUGGUGGACAGCAAGGGAAACUGGUUAUACAGAACUGGUGAAGUCCUUAGAAAAAAACUGGAAGCUCAUUCGGGAUGAUGGGCUUGCUGUGAUGGAUAAAAAAAGAAGCCUCUUCCUGCCUGAAGAUGAGAAUCUACGAGAAAAAGGAGACUGGAGCCAGUUUACCUUAUGGCAACAAGGAAGAAAAAAUGAGAAUGCUUGUAAAAGUGUUCCGAAAACAUGUGCUUUAUUGGAAAGAUUCCCGGAAGCUACUGGCUGCAGAAGAGGGCAGAUCAAAUAUUCUAUCAUGCACCCAGGGACUCAUGUCUGGCCCCACACAGGGCCCACCAAUUGUCGGCUAAGGAUGCAUUUGGGCUUGGUGAUACCUAAGGAAGGCUGCAGAAUUCGGUGUGCCCAAGAGAACAGAACCUGGGAAGAAGGGAAAGUUCUUAUUUUUGACGACUCUUUCGAACAUGAAGUAUGGCAGGAUGCUGAAAAUUAUCGCCUGAUAUUCAUUGUGGAUGUGUGGCACCCUGAGUUAACAGCACAACAGAGACGCACCCUUCCUGCUAUUUAAGGGGUUCCUUCUGAUGUGCGGAGCAGAAGAGCUUUAAUCCCUUUGGAGUAUGCAAAUAGGAUUAAUUUAUCCAGCAUACGAAGAAUAAAAGUAUUGUAAGGGUUAGAAGAGAUAAGGACAACAUUCUGCAAUCACAGAGGACUUCAUUUAAAAAAAGGAAAAAAAGAAGGAAAAAAAAAAGAAGCCAUAUUUUGUUUCAUACUGAUACAGCACUGAUGUGUAUUGUUUUUCUGGCUGCAAGUUGGAAAAUACAAAUCUUGUCAGCCAAAGAGCAAUAGGUCUGGAUUUUCAAACUGAGGAACACGCAGAUGUUUUUGCCAUGCCUGUAAUAUGUGUACAAAACCAGUCAGUCACCUGCCCGACCACGUUCAGGCACAAGAUUUGCGAUUCUGCAUCUGGGAAGUACUUCCCAGGCUUUUAUCUGGGAAGCAGCACGUAAGAUAUUUACAAACAUAUGCACACGACCAACUUUGAAAAUCAGUAUGCAGUUGUACUAUUAGCUGCUUUAGGCAUAGAACAUGUCCCUACGUUAUCAACUGUAGAUAAUGUGAAUGGGUUAUCUGUGUUUUGUAUUUUUUUCUACCCGAGUAACUGUAUUUUUCUAGCAUAAUUAGGAACAAAUCUCCUUUAAUCAACCACUAUUUUUAAAAAAACAAU